AUGUCAAGAAGCUCAGACGGCCAGCCUGGCAACCCAACACACAUCCCGCACUACGAGCAGUUGCUUAGCAUUCAGCAGGACCAGCAUGCCCUUGCGAUGGAACGGAAGGAGGCGGAAAUCGCUCAUUUGAAGGUGCGCCUCGCAGCUCUUGAGGGCCACCUUACCCCACAAGACGCUGUGAAUACCGCUGUGCAGACGAAGGAUGAAGAGUGUGCGUUAAUGAUGGCAGCAAAGCACAAGGAGCUGGAACUGCUGGCCACAUUGUUGCAGAUGCGAGAGCAGCAGAUAGAAGAGCUGCGGUCGCAGUGUGAGGAGUCGCAGGUCCAGCUUGCACAUCUGCGGAGCGGCGGAAGUGGCAGUUGCAGGGCUUCGCCUGGAAGUGCGACGCCACCUGGCAGCCAUCUGCCGGGCACCACAGGCCGGCUUGAUGAAACUCGACGAGAAGUGCAGAGACUCCGGUUGCGCAUGGAAGAACUCGAGGCAUCGGUCACGGAACAGCAAGACAGAUGCACGCUCCUAGCAAGGGAGCUGCAGAUAAAGUCUGAACGCGUGGAGGUACUCGAGGAUCAGAUCCAAGCUCUUCAGUGGCAGGAUGGAAGCGCUUUCCAUCAACGAGGUCCGAGAAAUGAAGGAGCUGCGCAGGAGACUCUGGUCAACGACUCGGCCGGAGAUCUCCGAGGUCCUAGCACAGGUCCACGCUCAGCAUCGCCAGCGCUUCAGCACGCUGAGUCAGCGUGGGAAUCCUUCAGGCUGGCAGACUCUCCUGGGCGGGAACUACGUGUCACCCCUUCCCCAUACUCUGAGGACGACUGCAUCUCAGAGUCCGGGCCAAGGCUCGAGUGUCCCGAGCCUCCGAGCACUGGCAGGCAGAGUCAGGAGUUGCUGCGCGAGAUGAGGCGGCUGAGGCAGCAGAUGACGGAGCUGGAGAAGCUUGCAGCUGGUCGAGACCAAGGGCUUCCAACAGCGGACAAGCUUGGCGCUAUGAGCAGCUUGAGUAUGUCGAGCGGGUCGCGGCAGAGCGCCGCCAACAGUCACACUCAGGGAAUCAUGGCUUCUGGUGUCACGGACACCGGUGAUCGGCCAGGCAGCAGCCUGCAGGGUGCGCUUGCUGCCGCUUGCCUGGGCGCGUCUCUCCCUGAAGAGGAUGGAGUACUCUCAGCGUGGGAAUACAGGCCACACGAGAAUGACUUGGUUGACUCUGCCGUUGCUCGGUUGGUCAAUCGUGGACGUUAUCGAGCCUGGAGGGCACUCCUGUGUCGUUUGGAGCACGGGGUAUACCUUUGCGGAACCAAGCGGGUACACAUUCGUGUGGACGAGGAACAGGAGGUGUUGGAGGCAUCGAAAGACGGUGGAAGGACGUGGACUGAUUUGACUCGCAUGGUGACCUGA